GGCGUCGGAUGGAACGAGGAGAGGAUCAGUCGGAGAGGGCGGGAGAGAGAGAGGGAGCUUGGAGCCCAAGGAAGGGGAAGGUGGAGAGGGAAACUCGGGCGCCGUAUAGAUAGGGAAAGAUUUGCAGAAAUGGAGAAGCGAUUGGACUUCCCGAUGGUGGGGGGAAUUUCGGAAAUCCCCACUUUCUUCCUCCGGCCUUUUCGUUCUCUUCCUCCCUUCAUUAUUCGUUCCCCUUGUGUGCUCUGAGGCCGAUCCCCUCGUCGCCGAGGCCUCCAUCCAUUGCUCGCCGGAAAAUCCAGACUUUUGAUAUCCAGCGGUCGGACGCAUCUCUCGCCAAAAGGUGGAAAAGAAGGCAAGAUUUGAGUUUCUUUUCGGCCAGUCUCUUCACCUUUUUGGCUGUGCUCACUUAAAUCGGGGAUUCCACUUUGGUCCUUCUCUCUGUCUCUCUGUCUCUCUGUCUGCUUUUUCUUCGCUUUAUUUAAUGGGGGUGGGAUUUGGCGUUCGUUUCAUCUAUUUCUUUGUCGUUUGAGAUUGAGAUGGCCAUCAAAAUGGCCGUUUGUUGUGUGAGAUUUUCUUCUUUCGAUCUUUUCUCCGGAUAAGGAAAAGCUUUCCGUUUUGAGAACUACUUCUGGGCAUUUGAAGUGCUUCUCUGUCAUGGGAGAUUCUCGAUUUAGCUGUUUCUCACAGUCGUUCAUUAAUGGAGAACCACUGUGCGAUAAAGAUUAAGAAGCAAUAGGGCUCGCCGAGUUUUGUUUCGGCUUAUUUUUGUUAUUCUUAUUUGGUGUUUUACUUUUAGGAACGAAGAGAAAAAUUCGGUUGCAUUUCUGAAAUUAAGUUUUUGCCUUAUAAUUAUAUUAUUUUUCUUCCAUUAGGGAUAAACGUUGUUGUUUGAAAGAUUUCCUUUUUGGUGGGAGGGUUAACAAAAAACGAAGAAAACAAAAGAAAGGAAAAAUGUCCAUCGGUUUCCCUCGUCUCUCUUGGUGGCCAUGGGGCAGAAAGGAGCAGGACUCGUCGGUUCCGUCUGUCUCCUCGUCGGCGGCUUCGUCUUCGUCAUCCGAGUUGGACUUCCUGGAGCUUGAUUCCCUGAAUUUCCAGGCAACAAGGGGAGCGAGAUUGGCAUCCACGUCGGGGAAGGUGAAGCGGAAGUGGCACAGCCGGAAGGAGCGGAAAGGGUUCGACAGGGAGCACGACAUGGUUAUGGUGCCACCCGACGGGGGAUGCAUGUCUGGCUCCGAGUCGGACGGCUCAGAUUGGUCGAUCGGUUGGUUGGAGCCCCAUGCACCCGAAUUUCAGAAUGACGAUGAGCAGGACAACAGUUUUGCUGUGUUGGUGCCGUGCUACGGCCGGCCAGUCGGCGACUCAUCCGCGGUGAGGGCGGAGAACCGGCUCCUAGGAGCUCUCCUUUCCGGUUUCAACAACGGGUAUUCUGCAGUGAAUUGUCUCUUUCCAUGGCCAUUAGAUGCCUUGUACCAGUCUUUGGUAAUCUGUAGAACUGUUGGCUGUACUUUUAGUCGCCAUUUGAUGUAACAUCUCAAACUUUAAUGCGUGAUGAAAGUAUUGCGGAUCAGGUUCUGGGUGGUUUGAAGAGAAACUUUGGACGCCAAUCAUCAUCAUGAUGAACAAUUACCAAUCCGACGACUUAUUUUUUUUGAGAAACAGGUUACCAUCCGUUUCUCCGUGGUCGAUGUCUUUCAAAUUUAUAGAUGUGGCAAUGUAAAAGGUACUUAUACUAUGUCAAUCAUUGCACUGACUUUUUGAAGCCGUUCAUCAAUAAACAUCGACGGUCUGUAAGGUGUCCUGGGUCAUAUUGUGUUCAAGGUCCGGUCUCUGAUUUGCGGAGUGCUCUGUAGUUGGAGUCCGACCCCUACCCGAGUUUUAGUCUGCUUGAGCUCAGCUUGAAAUUCUGUGUUCUGGAACUGAACUGAAGCCUGAGUCAGGCUUGGUCGAGUAUCAGAAGGAGAUGGCUUUUCUUUAUGUUGCCCUUGAAGAAAUGUGGAAGCAGGAACCUUAGAAUAAUUGUGAAAUCCACCGUAGCGUUUAAGACCAUAGAUCUGAACAGGUGGUUGUCCUUAAAUUGAGUUGAGUGAAGCUUUUGAGUCAUGGAAACCCUGCUCUUUUGAAGUGGAGUCGGUGAUGUGUGCCGAUGAGAAUCUUGCCCGGGUGACCAAAAUUGUUACUGUACUUGUGAAUACAUAAUUUCGGAAGGGAAAACUGUAUGCUUGUUUGGUGUCACAUAUAAAUCCAACUUGAUCUAAAUGGUAGAGUACUGUUCCAAACUCUUUCG